UAUUAUAUGUUAGCGCACACGACGAUACGCUUAAAUGGAGCCUGGGGGGCCCCAAGGCGCGGACGAGGCGGGGCGAAACGCCAAAGAGCUGCAAGAUGCAAAAGAUAAAAUUAGGCAGCUAAGGGAGAAGCUAGUAUUUAGAUGUAAGGACUUGAUUAAAUGGAAAUUCUUCACGCCAGCGAGCGUGGAGGUCCCACGCGAGCCGGCGAAGGCGGAGGCAGAGAAGACUGUGUUCCAUGUCAUCACGAGCUUCCUGUUUGAAAACGCGGUGCUUGUCCCCGUGGACACUCAGGCGCUCCAUAAGAAGAUCGUUGCCUCGCCCGUCGGUGAGCGCUAUGAGGCGGCGCUGGCGGCGCUGGGGCUGACGGGGCCGGAGGAGGUGGUGCACAAAAUGGCCUCCAUCAGCUUCAAGUUCGGGGCCUCGGAGUUCACCUGCCUGCGCAUCGGCCAGCUGGCCUUCGCGGACGGCGUACGGAUGUACAUCACACGAGCUGACCGGCCGGCGCUGUCCAGGUUAACGGGCAUUGAGGACCCCGACCGCAACAAGCAGUCCGCGGCGGGGCCAGGAGCAGGGGGCGGCGGCGGUGGGCCUGGCGGCGACUCGCAGCCUGGCGGCAUGAUGGGGCCGGGGCCCGGGCCAGGCGGCAUGAUGGGGCCGGGCGGGCCGAUGGGCAUGAUGUCGGGCCCGGGUGGCAUGAUGGGUGGGCCCGGCAUGAUGAGUCCGGACGGCGGCGGCCUGAUGGGGCCGGGCGGCGGCUUCGGCAUGUCGGGCGGCCCGGGCGGCUUCAUGGGGCCAGGCAUGGGCUUCCCAGGCAUGCCGCCUAUGGGCGCCUUCCCCCAGCAGCAACAGCAACAACAGCAACAGCAGCAACAGCAGCAGCAGCAGGACGCCAUGCCUGACGCCAAGCGCAUGCGACUGGGCGGCGGGCCGGGUGGCAGCGAGCUGGAUGACCUGCUGGGGAAACGCAGCGUCAAAGAAAAGGUCAAGGUGGAGAAGGGCUCUGAACUGCUUGACAUCCUGUCAAAGCCCACCGCCCGCGAGUCCGCCCGCGUGGAGCAGUUCCGCACCGCCGGCGGGUCGGCCAUCCGCGAGCACUGCCCGCACCUCACCAAGGACGAGUGCAGGAGGGUCAACGGCGUGCCGCUGGCCUGCCACCGGCUGCAUUUCCUGCGGGUGGUGCAGCCGCACACUGACGUGGCGUUGGGCAACUGCAGCUACCUGGACACGUGCAGGAACAUGCGCACCUGCAAGUACGUGCACUACCGCCCCGACCCCGAGCCCGACGUGCCAGGCAUGGGGUCGGAGAUGGCUCGGCUGCGCGCGUCCGUGCCCAAGUACCUUCAGGCUCUCCAGGACCCGCAGUGGAUCAACUGCGACGUGCGCUCGUUCGACAUGACGGUGCUGGGCAAGUUCGGAGUCAUCAUGGCAGACCCGCCCUGGGAGAUCCACCAGGACCUGCCAUACGGCACCAUGAAGGACGACGAGAUGGUGAACCUCAACGUGGGCUGCCUGCAGGACAACGGAGUGCUGUUCCUGUGGGUCACAGGUCGCGCCAUGGAGCUGGCUCGCGAGUGCAUGGCCAAGUGGGGCUACAAGCGCGUGGACGAGCUGAUCUGGGUCAAGACCAACCAGCUGCAGCGCCUCAUCCGCACCGGCCGCACCGGCCACUGGCUCAACCACUCCAAGGAGCACUGCCUGGUGGGCAUCAAGGGCAGCCCGCAGCUCAACAGGUACGUGGACACGGACGUGGUGGUGGCGGAGGUGCGGGAGACCUCGCGCAAGCCCGACGAGAUGUACUCCCUGCUGGAGCGGCUGAGCCCCGGGACGCGCAAGCUGGAGAUCUUUGCGCGCGUGCACAACUGCAAGCCGGGCUGGGUGGGGCUGGGCAACCAGCUCAAAAACGUAAACCUCAUAGAGCCCGAGGUGCGGCAGCGCUUUGCGGCGCGCUACGGGUUUGAGCCCGACGCAAGCAAGGACUGCUUUGUGAACUGAAGUGGCGUGUGGAGGAGUGGAGCGGUUGUGGGGCAGGUGCCGACGGGGAAAUGAGGGGCGACGGCGGCGUAAAUCGAGCAGAGCAGCGAGUUGGUGGCCUGUGCAUGGGGGGUGCGGGUGCUGUCUGUGCACGAAUGCAUGGGCACAGUGGCGACCAGUGCAAAAGUAAGAAUGUUGGUACUGGAGGCAUUUAUGGAUUACAUUAUGUCACAAGGAAACCCUGUUCAUACAGUCGAGCGUUUGACGAGCCAACCGCUACCUGGAAAAGGCUUGCGACGUGUAACUCUCAAAGGCU